AUGCUUGGCGCAAGGACGGUCCUGGUGCUGGCGAUGCUCCUCACCCUCUCCCCACACUGCGAUGCAGCCCCUUACACACCGUUCGAGUGCUGCUUCAGUUACGUGAAGUCCCCUAUCUGGCAAGCUAACCUGAAGGAUUUCUACACAACUCCCAAGGAGUGUUUUUCCCCAGCAAUUGUGUUUGAGACCAGGAAUGGGACCAAGGUCUGUGCAAACCCAAAGGUGACUUGGGUGAAGAAAGCAGUUGAGAAGCUUCAAAAAAGGAAGAGACUUCAAGACCCGUGA